AUGAUACGUCCACAAAAAGUACCUAUACGUCCUGUAUAUAAUCCAUCAUUGGCACAUGAGACAAUACAAUCAUCGACAAAUGUUCCAGAUAUAACAUCAUAUAUAGGAAAAAUUUUAACAAUAAAUUAUCAUCAAGUUAUUGUUGAAGAUAUUCUUGGACAAGGUGGUUUUGCUUUUGUUUUUCUUGUUCGUUCAUUUAAUCAACAACGAUAUGCACUUAAACGUAUGUAUGUUAAUAAUCAACGUGAUUUAAAUGUUUGUCAACGUGAAAUAUCUAUAACAAAAGAAUUUUCAUCACAUCCAAAUAUUGUUAAAUAUGUUGAUUCAUAUAUACAUCGUGUAUUACCAACGAAUAUACAAGCACGUCAAUAUUAUAUUGGAAAUGGUGAAAAUAAUGAUGAUGAUGAUGAUGAUGCUAUUUAUGAAAUACUUUUAUUAACAGAAUAUUGUUCAAAUGGAACAUUAGUUAAUCGUUUAAAUGAACAACAUAAUGUUGGUAUAACAUUAAAUGAACGUCAAAUUUUACGUAUAUUUGCUGAUAUUUGUCAUGCUGUAAGUGCCUGUCAUUUUCGUCGUCCUCAACCUAUAUUACAUCGUGAUAUUAAAUUGGAGAAUAUUCUUAUUGAUUCUCAUCAAAAUUAUGUUCUCUGUGAUUUUGGUUCAGCUAUUAUACUUUCAUCUUCAACAACGAAUGAUCAUCAACAAUAUCAAAAAAGUGAAUUAACAACAAGUAUUAUUCAACAACUUGAAGAAGAAAUUCAACGUUAUACAACAUUAUCUUAUCGUGCACCAGAGAUGAUUGAUUUAUAUAGUCGUUUACCACUUACACUUAAAAUUGAUAUUUGGGCUAUGGGUUGUCUAUUAUAUAAACUUAUGUAUAAUGCAAUGCCAUUUGGUGAUAGUAUUUUAGCUAUACAAAAUGGAACAUUUGUUAUACCUGAUGAUAUGGCACAAGUUUAUAGUCGAGAAUUGAAUUUAUUUGUUCGAUAUAUUUUAGAAAUUGAUAUUAACAAAAGACCAGAUAUAUGGCAGGUAUCCUAUAUUACAUAUAAAUUACUUGGUAAGGAAUGUCCUAUUCCAAAUCGAUGUCAAUCAAAAAUUCCUAAUUUAAAUACAAUAUCAAUGCCAUUAACUGAUAGUGAAUCUCGUCAUCAACGAACUUCUGCUUUAUCAAAAGCUAAAUCAACAUCAAAAAAUGUUACUGAUGAAUCUUUAACUCUUGGUACAGCAGUUAAUCCACGUGAACGUCCACGAGGUAUGAUGGCACCAUCAACAUCAUUAAUUAAUUUUAAUCAACCAAGUCAACCAUCACCAGUUACUGUUGCUCCACCAAAUCCAUCAACGAAUUCAUCACGAUCAGGUUCAGCUAAUCAAUUAAUGUUUGAUGAUGAUUUUUCACAAAUUCCAUCACAUGCGAUUAGUUUAACUAAUAUUCCAACUGUAACAACAACAGCUAAAAAUGAAAAAAUUGUAUCUCGUGCUCGACCAUUACUACCAGAAAUGAUUUCAACAACAUCUGGUCUUACUGUACAACAACAAUUCUUUCCACCACCACCGCCACCACCUGCAUCUUCUUCUAAUGUUGAAACUCAUCGACGUAGUUCAUCUCAAACAAUAAGUCCAACGAAUAUCCAAUCGUCUUUUCAAAACGCCUCCUCCGUUGAUUCCUCUGAUCAAGACGAAGUAUCCAAUGAUGACAUUAAUCAAUUAAAAACAAAUGUAAAUAAAAUAAAACUUCAAAAUUCUUCAACAAAUAAUUUUCAAUUAAAUUCGGAUGAUGAUCAAAUAUUUACAUCCAAAUCUGUUUCUAAUAAAUCAAUAUCAACGAAAACUCAUAAUAUCAAGAAAAAAUCUCAAUUACCAAUAAUAACUAAAUCUACAAAUCAUCAUCCAUCAACGGAGGAGGCUGAAAAAGACAUUUCAUUUUCGAAUACAAACAAUAAAAAUUUUAUUGGAUCCGUAAUUGAACAUUCAAUUAAUCAUUCCUCUAAAGAAAAUAAUCUUGAUAGUAACACACAAAAUAACUUUAAUCAACUUAUUAAUCAAGAUUCUGAUGAUGAACAAGAAAAAAAUCACAAAACAAACUUUAUUAAUCAUUCCUUGACAUUAAAAAGUUCAUCAAACAAACAUAACAAUGAAAUGAAUCCGUCGUUGAUUGAUAAUAAUAAUCCAUUUCUUCGUGCACCUUUUCAUCAUUCAUCAUCAAAUAAACAAACAUCAACAUCUUCAUCAACUAAUAUAAAUCAAAAAAUAAUUAUGACUAACUCAUCUUCAUGUGAUCUGAACAGUAUCGUUGUUGGAAAAAGAACAAGUGCUUUUGCUCCUUAUCAAAAACGAGAAAUAAAUUCAGAUAAUUAUGUUAUUGAUGGAAAAUAUGAUCCCGAUAGUUCAAUAGGCAAAGUUUCUCAUUCGGAGUAUUUUGUUCCAAUUGCUCUUAAUAAUCAAUCAUUUACAUCAACAGACGUCUUCACAAAUGCUCCAUUUAAAACAAAAUCCAAAAGUAAACAACAUUCAACAGUGACCAAUAAUAUAAAUCCUAUGUCAUCUCAAUCAUCAUCAAAUUCUCAAUUGAUUAAUUUAAAUAUGCAAGAACAAAUAAAUAAAAAUUUAAAUCCUAAUAAGAAAGCAAUAAUCACUGACAUUGAUUCUCAACAACAUGGUUAUUCGAAUUUAUUAUUGAACAAUACUAUUAUCGAUGAAUAUCUCUAA